AUGAAGUCGUUUGGCACUCUUGAGAGAGAGAAAGGAUAUGCGUCGCCACCAGAUGACAAGUCCAAGUAUCAGCUUCUACAUGAAGCUAUUGAGCCUCAUGUAGGAUCUUUCAAUGCUCUGUUCGAGGGCCCCGGUGGUGGUCUGCUUGAUCUCGGAAUCAAGGAUAUUGGCAAAAAAGCUGUUUUCGACAGUCAUACCGGCGAAGAGCUGGGCAACAAACUGACUUUUUGGAUUGAGUCUGUGAGUGUCGCAAAACCCGCCGUUCCUCCCCGAGACAAGCUCAGUGUUGAGCGGAGAACUUUUCCCGCCGAGUGCAGAGAACGUCACUGUUCCUACCGUGGACGAUUGACCUUGCGCUUUGCCUACCAGGUCAACGAUGGUCCUAUCAGUUAUGAGGACCGUGAUGCUGGUCAGUUGCCCAUUAUGCUUCGGUCCAGCCGUUGUCAUCUCAAGAAUAUGUCGCCCAAGCAGCUGGUAGCUGUUCGCGAGGAAAGUGAGGAGAUGGGUGGUUACUUUAUUGUUAACGGUAUUGAGAAGCUGAUCCGUAUGCUUAUUGUUCAACGCCGAAACCAUCCUAUGGCUAUUGUGCGUUCAUCGUUCCAAAACCGUGGACUGUCUUACUCCAAGUACGGUAUCCAGAUCCGCUCGGUUCGCCCCGAUCAAAGCUCGCAGACCAAUGUUUUGCAUUACCUCAAUGAUGGUCAAGUCACCUUCCGCUUUUCAUGGCGUAAAAACGAGUACUUGGUUCCUGUUGUGAUGGUCCUUAAAGCUCUGGGGGAGAUCAACGACCGUCAAAUCUUCGAUGGUAUUGUGGGUGCUGAAACCACCAACUCGUUCUUGACUGAUCGUUUAGAACUGAUGCUUCGUUCUUACAAGGCCUACAAUACCAAAACCAAUUACGAGGCCCUCACCCACUUGGGUGAUAAGUUCCGAGUUGCUAUGCAGGCUCCUGAAGAUAUGAGCGACUACGAUGUCGGCCGUCUGUUUUUGGACCGCAUUGUCUUGGUCCAUCUCCCCGGUGAUAACUUUGCCAAGCAGCGUUUGAUUUUAUUUAUGAUCCGCAAGCUCUACGCCCUGGUGGCCGGUGAGUGUGCGCAAGACAACCCCGACGCUGCACAGCAUCAAGAGAUCUUACUUCCUGGUCUUCUCUAUGGAAUGAUUCUCAAAGAGAAAAUCGAUGAGUACUUGAAUUCGUUCCGCGAGACUGUGCGUCAAGCUGUCUCUCGUCGUCAAGCUGUUAACUUUGAUGACCCUCAGUUCAUUAACCGCAUCUUUCUGAGACUGACUGAGGACAUUGGUAAGAAGAUGCAGUAUUUCUUAUCUACGGGUAAUCUAGUCUCACCUUCUGGUCUUGAUUUACAACAGGUCUCUGGUUAUACUGUUGUGGCAGAGAAAAUUAAUUUCCACCGUUUCUUGGCCCAUUUCCGGAUGGUCCACCGUGGCUCGUUCUUUGCUGAGCUUAAGACUACCACAGUACGCAAGCUUUUGCCCGAAAGCUGGGGCUUCCUGUGUCCUGUGCACACACCAGAUGGAUCCCCUUGUGGUCUGCUUAACCAUUUGGCCCACAAAUGCAAAGUAGUCACUGCUGAGGAGGAGAAGACAGAUGAGGUUGUCGUCCGUUUGCGUGAAUUGGGUGUCUCUGCUUUGAGCGAAGCGAAUGCAGCCGGUCCCACUGUGGCUUGCGUUCAGCUCAAUGGCCGUGUGCUCGGUUACACCACUCACAAGCAGGCCAAGAUCAUUGCGAACACGCUGCGCUACUGGAAGGUCAAAAUGCAGGACUCUAAGACUCCCAAGGUACCGCUUUCACUCGAGAUCGGUUAUGUCCCGCCAUCUCAUGGUGGCCAAUAUCCAGGUCUCUAUCUUUUCACAGGUUUGGCACGUAUGAUUCGCCCUGUCAAGUAUUUGCCAUUGAAUGGCAAAGAGGACCUUGUCGGACCUUUCGAGCAGGUUUAUAUGAAUAUUGCCGUCACUCCCGAUGAAAUUGAAGACAACGUGCACACCCACGUUGAAUACUCGCCCACAAACAUUUUCUCGAUUUUGGCCAAUAUGACACCAUUCUCUGACUUUAACCAGUCUCCUCGUAAUAUGUACCAGUGCCAGAUGGGUAAACAGACUAUGGGUACUCCUGGUACUGCCUUGGCAUGCCGCUCGGACAACAAAAUCUAUCAGCUACAGACUGGCCAGUCUCCUAUUGUCAAGGCUAAGCUGUACGAUGAGUAUGGUCUCGACGAAUUCCCCAACGGCACUAAUGCAGUUGUUGCUGUCAUUUCCUACACUGGUUACGAUAUGGACGAUGCUAUGAUUCUCAAUAAGAGUGCUGUUGAGCGUGGGUUCGGUCAUGGUUCCAUUUACAAGGUCGAAAAAAUCGACUUGAGUUCGAAGCGCACUCGUGGCGACCCCAUCACCCAAAGAUUUGGCUUUGGUGAUGAUACUUGGCCAACUGAAUGGCGUGAAAAGCUUGACGAUGAUGGACUUCCUAUCAUUGGUACACUAUUACAGAGCGGCGAUCCUAUGGUUGCCUACUAUGAUGAGAUUCUUGGCAAGACUAAAGUGAAGCCAUACAAAUCUUCAGAGCCAGCAUAUGUUCAAGAAGUCAAACUCUUGUGUGACGACGCUGGCGAUGGAGAGUUGCAAUCUCUCACCGUCAAGUUGCGUGUGAACCGUUCUCCUAAUAUUGGUGACAAGUUCUCGUCGCGUCACGGACAAAAGGGUGUCUGCUCACAAAAGUGGCCGGCCAUUGACAUGCCGUUCAGCGAAAGCGGUAUCCAACCCGACGUCAUUAUCAACCCCCACGCUUUCCCCUCGCGUAUGACCAUCGGUAUGUUUGUGGAGAGUUUGGCCGGUAAGGCUGGCGCUCUCCACGGAAUGUCGCAAGACUGUACUCCCUUCCAGUUUAGUGAGCAACAAACAGCUGCUGAUUACUUUGGUGAGCAGCUUUUAGCCGCCGGCUACAACUACCAUGGCAAUGAGCCCAUGUACUCUGGUGUCACUGGUGAGGAGCUUCGAGUUGAUAUUUACAUUGGAGUUGUUUUCUACCAGCGUUUGCGUCAUAUGGUCAACGAUAAGUUCCAGGUGCGGUCAACCGGUGCGGUGAACAGCACAACCAUGCAGCCCGUGAAGGGACGAAAGCGCGGUGGUGGUAUCCGUGUCGGUGAAAUGGAGCGUGAUGCAUUCAUUGGUCACGGUGCAGCCUUCCUGUUGCAAGACCGUCUGCUGAACUGCUCAGACUACACACAAGCGUAUGUUUGCCGAGACUGUGGCUCGAUCUUGAGUACACAAAAGUCAGUGCCCCGCAUUGGCACAAAGGCGCAGAUGCACUGCCGACGAUGUGCCACCCGUCUCACUGGCCGUCCCGAUGACCUCAACGACGCAUGGGAGGACGGACAGGGCGUCAAAUUCACCGGAGGUGGCAAUAUCACAAAGGUUGCCAUGCCUUUUGUGCUGCGAUACCUCGAUAGUGAGUUGGCGGCUAUGGGCGUUCGCAUGCGUUUCGACGUCCAACCAAAAUAA